GUAAACAAAGCAAGCGCACGCAACUCCCCCCCCUGUGAAUGGGAUCGAGUGUGCCUUGCCUGCCUGGCUGUCUGCCUGUUCGAUUGCUAGCUUGCCUCCACAGUUAAAAAAAAGUCGUCCGCUACAGGUGCGUGGACGAGCAAAGAGCGCAGCAACCGUAGCUGUCUGGUUCGGUUGAACGCUGCUAGAGGCGCAGUUCAGGUGUAUUGUUUUUUGGCGACCGAUCGACGGUGGAUGCGCUCAACGAUUCGUGUCCGGCGAUGGAGCCAGUUGGAGAAGGGAAAGAAUCCCAUCCGGAAGGUGGCGGAUUGAUACGCGCCGACGUUCCGGACGAGGCGGCGGUCCGGCAGGAGCGUAAUCCCGCAGGUGGUACCCCGGUAGUGGACGGUGGGAAGGAUUCCGUUGGCCCGGUCGACGAUACGUCGCUGAACGCCCGGUUACUGGACAAGCUGAACGAGCAGUUUGAAAAGCAGAUCCAGCUGCUCGAACGCGAUCAGUUGGACGAUGGCUUCAAGCUGAACGUGUACGCCGAAUGGGUACAGAGUUUGCGUUUGCUCAAUACCGAGCUGGUACAGUCGUUGCGCGAAAUGCAGGACACCUGUAUGGAGCGGAUGCAGCUGAUGCGAGCGGCCUAUCUGAAGGAUUUGGAGCGGUUCGGGCCGGACGUACGCUUGAAGCGGCUAGCGAGCGUGCCGGAUGCGAGUGCGAACGUUUCCGGCGAGCAGAUUGUAGCGCUUGAGCUGAGCUCCAACUAUCCCAUCGUGGUGCCGGCCACGGAUGAGAUGCUGGUGCGUGAGCUGGACGCAAAAGCAAGCAUAAUCGACGAGCAAAGGCGGGAGCUGCAGGAGCUACGGAAGCAGACGGCCGAAAGUGGAUCCAUACUGGAGCAGCUGCGCAACAUGACCCAGGAACGGGAAAAACAGCUGGACGAUAAGCAGAAAGAAAUUGCCAUACUGCAGCAUCAAAUCGUCGCGCUGAACGAUCAGCUACAGAAAGCUAAAAUGUCGACGACGGCCUCGAUCGAUAAUCGGAGCCUCAUUUCGGAGAUUACCGAUCACCACGAUAAGAUAACGCAGCUGCGCAAGAAGCUGAAGGAGCAGGAGGACAAGGUGCGCGAAGCGAACACCGCCAUCCAGUUCCGCGAUGAGGUGAUUUCGGCUCAACGGCAGGAAAUCAAACUGUUGAACGAGAAGCCUCCAGUGCUGCAGCAAACAUCCUUUACCUCUUUCGCAUCGGCACGGUCGGAAGACGACGACUCGCCGACAGUUGAACAACGACAGCCCGGCGGUCCUCGAUUGCUGUUCGAGCGGCUUGGUACGCUGCAGCAGGAUAGCGACGCGGAGUCGGAAUAUGUGCAGCUGCUAAAGGCUGAACUGGUCGAAUUGCGGCAACAGCUGCAGCACGCGCACAAGCAGCGAAGUCAGCGGGAAGAGUCGGAACAGGCACUGUUCCGAUUGCGGACAGUCUGUGGGGAGUUGCUACAGAGCACGGGAAGGCUACGGGGCUGUGGAUACCGUUGGAGGGAGGACUGUGAGGAGGGUGGCAUGGGAGCGGGAAGCUACCUCCACUUCGAAGACGACGAUGAACUGAUCGAGGCAAUGCGUGAUCGCUGUGACGCACUGUGUCGUCAACUCGAAGCAGCAGCAGCAUCAGCAGCAGAGACAUCAUCCCACAAGCCAAACGGUAUGGUCGAGCAGGAUGAAGGCAUCGGCAGUGCGAGUACAUCCCGGCUGGAACAUUCGGAUCCGAUUAGUGCGCGAGACCAGCAGCAGGUAAUGGUGUGUAUCGAGCAACAAUUGAAGCGAUUGCUCGCAGGCAAGGAGCACAGUAACAACAGUGCCAGCGAGUCACUGAGCUCGCUGUCGCUCGGCCUGGACGAAGGGUGUGCCCUGCAAGGGCUGAUCGACGAUCUGAAGAAGGAGAUCGAAUCGAAGGACCUUGUGCUGCGCGAUCGGCACGAUGCGAUAGAGCGACUGCAGCAGGAGCUCUCCAACCGUGAUCGGCAGUUGAGCCGGUGCCGGGAACGUCAAGAGCUGUUGGACGGUGAGAAGACUUCAUUCCUGCAAAAGAUUGUCGAGCUGGAAGAAAACGUGGACGAUCAUGGGCGUACGAUCGCGAUGCUGAACAUGGAAAAAGUGAAACUCUUGCGUCAAGUGGAAGAUCUCAAGGAAACGCUGCAACAGUACCGGGAUAAUCUGCAGAAGACGAGCGAAGAGAAGGUCGCCAUCGAGGACGAGUGCAAAAACCUGCUCGUCACCAUCUCCAAUCUGCGCGUUGCGCUCGAGGAAACGAAGCGCAACGGCAGCUCAUCCGUUAGCGUUCUUCAUGAACUGGUGGAAAACUUGCAGCUGGAGGUGAUGCUACUGAGCGAGCAGCUGAACGACGCUUUCAAGGAGAACAUAGCAAAGGACAACGAGCUGGACCAGUACCGUGACUCUAAUCUGCAGCUUCGCUGUCAGCUGGCCGAGCUGAGCCGCGAGCUUGGCAAUCUGAAGGACAUCUCCGAUGCGGUAGACAUCCGACACGAGCUGGACGAGCAGAAGCAUCGGCUUUUCGCGCUGCUCAAAGAUGACGUGAAGCAGCUGCAGGAUCAGAUGAACGGUGUCCGGGGCGAGAUAGUGGCGCGCCAGCAAGAUUUGGGCCAUCUGAGCUACUUCCGGGAAAAGUGUGCCGAGAUGGAGCGACUGCACGAGCUGGAGAUGAGCCAGCAGCGCAGCAAGCAUUCCAGUGAGCUAAAGCAGCUGAGGAGAGAGAUUGAAUCUUUGAGCAAUCAACUGGCCACCAGCACGGACACGAGCAAACAGCAUGACCAGAUGGUGGAGUCUUUGGCGACUCUGCAGACCACCAUUCUGAAGCUGGACGAGCAUAACCGACUGCUGCAGAAGACGAUCCAGUCGUACCAGGACAACAGUGUCCAGCUUGAGCAACAGUUGGGUGGAUCUCAGCAUCAGCUGGAAGUGGUCCGACAGGAGCUGGAAGAUCUGCGUGCGCGUAGCACCGAACAGGAGGCGAAAAUUGAAGCUCUAAGGUCGGAUAAGGAACGAAUAUCGGGCGAGUUGCUGAUGCAGCGGAAGAUGUGCAAGUGUGGCUUCAACACCACCAAUGCUAGCGGAUCGCGGGAAAGGGCCAAGGUACCACUGUCUCAUUCGCUGCAGAAACAGCUAGCUCAAAAAACCCUUGAAGCGACCAGGAUUCAGGAGGAGCUAGCUCAACGCACCGAAGAGUGGAAGCGGCGGGAAACGGAGUACGUGAAUCAUCGGGUCCGCGCGUCCGAACAUGCAACCGAACUGAUCGAGCAGCUAAGUGAGCUGAAGGGCCGCUUCGGAAACGUGGAGCAGGUGGCACACAUGAAGGACGAGCUGAUCGAUCGUUUGCAGCAAAGUUUGCGUGACAUCAGCCGGAAGCUUACCGUGCGACAGGAUCAGUGUACGGAGCUGGAAGCGAAGAGCGUGAAGCUGUCCGAGGCGUUGGAGAAAGCUCGGCAGGAAGCGCUGCUGUGCGAGAAACGGUGCACCGAAGAGCUGAGCAAUGCCCGGCGAUGUUCGAUGGAUCAGAAAAAUCAGCUUCAGCAGUACGAGCGACAGAUGAACCGUUUGCGGGCCGAGGUGGACGCUAUGCGGGAUAAGUGUGACCAAAUUUCUAGUGAGCGUGAUGUGCUGCGUGACGAAUGCCAAGGACUGCGCGAACGGUUGGCCAAAUACGAAGGCAAGGAAAGCGCUUUGUGUGAGGUGGUUAAAUCCAAUCAGGAUGAGCUUGCGGUUAAGGCAACACGUGUAUUGGAACUGGAAGAAACGAACCGCAAACUGGCCCAAAACUACGAACAGCUGAAAGACUUCCACGAGGAUCUUAGCAAACAGUAUCGCCACACGCAGCACGAACUGGAGCAGCUGCGCGAGUGCUCAAAGAAGCUGCUAGAAUUCAAACAGCAAACACUCUCCACCAAGGACCUAACGCGCAAGAGUGUAGCCGAGUGGAAGGAACGGGAAGCACAGUACUGUCAGGAGAUUGGUCGGCUGAAGAAGCGCACCGAGCUGCUGGAACAGGACCGAUCGAAGCUGAUCGGCAAGCUGAACGCGUACCAUCGGGACAAUACAAUACUCGCGCGACAGCAACAAAUGCAACAAUCGCAACCGCUACUUCCUCCAUCCCGGCAACAUUCGCCCUACGACGACAAUCGGAGGAGCUAUAAUCUUACACCGCUUCAUCAAACCUUUUACCCACCGGAUGCGUUCAAAUUGAUGCGAUCGACUAGCGAUCCCAACUGUAACGAGUCGGACGAACUGCUGCAAAAAGUAGAGUACACGAGCAGUCAAUUACAGCAGAUAAGAAGGUUCUGGCACCAAGGUCUGAAGGAGGUAUUUCCAACCGAUCCUUAGCGUUGGUAGAGCAGGGAGCGAGGGUAGUGUGCCGGUUUACCAUGGACACGGGGUACACACCGCGUUUUUAGACCAUUUGUAUUUCCAAAGCUUCUCCCAAACGGUAGCGUUAAGUUAGGUAGCUGAAAUGUAAAACACCCCCUUUCUGAAAUCCUUUGUAUGUUGUUUGUUCUUGUAUGGAUUUUUAUAAUGAAAAUGAAUACAUGUGGAGUGGAAAGAUAUGGUA